GUCAUAACAACCGUACUGGAACCAAAAGUUGCUGCUCAUCACAAAGAAGAAGCAACAGAAGCAGCAUCGGUUGUGUCUCCAAAUGGGAGAUUGGGUGACGCAGUGGAGGGUGGAGUUUUUGGGGAGGGAGUGGAACGUCGUGGACAUAGGCUCAGUGGUUGUGGUUUUGGGUCUGCAUUGCCUUACACUUUUGGCUCCAUUUCAUUUCAACUGGCCUGCAUUUUGGGCGGCUGUGGCUCUCUACUUUGUCACAGGUGUUAGUGUGAAUCUGUCUUACCAUAGGCAGCUUUCUCACCGGAGUUUUAAGCUUCCCAAAUGGCUUGAAUACUUGUUUGCCUAUUGUGCUGUUCUAUCAUUUCAGAGAAGUCCACUUGAAUGGGUGAGCAUACACCGAUCUCACCACCAAUUUACAGACACAUUGAAAGACCCUCAUAGUCCCGUUCGGGGAUUUUGGUAUAGUCACAUAGGUUGGAUCUUCGAUUAUCGUUCUCGAUUUGGAAGUUAUGAUGCAAGACUAAAGAACGUUGGAGAUUUGAAAAGGGAACCGUUCUACAUAUUUCUUCACUAUACGUACCCCCUUCAUGCAAUUGGUUUUGGUGUUGUGCUGUAUGCUGUGGGAGGACUACCCUUUUUGGUUUGGGGACUGGGUGUGAGGUCGGUAGUUUUUCUCCACGCUACAUUUGGGAUCAAUUCAAUUUGCCACACGUGGGGACAAGUGGUGUGGGAUACUGGUGAUUUGUCCAGAAACAACUGGUUAAUUGGAUUGAUGGCACAUGGAGAAGGUUGGCACAAUAAUCACCAUGCUUUUGAACAAUCAGCUCGGCACGGCCUGGAAUGGUGGCAAGUUGAUGUUACUUGGUAUGUCAUAAGAUUUCUUGAAGCUAUUGGUUUGGCAACAGACGUAAAGCUCCCUACUGAGACUCAGAAGAAACGAAAAUCUUUAAGCAACAACUACAAGAUCAGCGAGGAAAAGCUUGAGACAAAAGUGAUCAACAAUGGAAAGCUUUGAAGUUUGGAGAUGGAAACGCUAUGAACCUUAUUUCGCUAUGCAGCGCCUGUUUACAUGCUUUUAAGAUUACUUAAGUUUACUUUCGUCAAUUUAUAUAUAUAUAUAUAUAUAUAUAUGGAUGUUUUAUAACUUAUGAUUGUGUGAAUAAAACAAACAUUAUAUAUGCUGAUGUUGUAUGAACGUUAAUGUAUGCAUAUAAGUGUGUAUUUCAUACACACCUAGAUUAUGAUUGUUCUA